CUAAGGAUAUUGUUGCAAUUGCAUCAUGGGAAUUAUUCAAAUAUCGGAAUUAAACCUUAUACCAUGAAUUAUGAACUAUUGGCUGUAUAAUUUGUAUAUAUCAAUCAAAAUCGAUAUGCUGGAAAUAAAUUCAAUAACAUUACGGAAUGAAUCGGACUUCACUGCUUCAUGAAUUUUUUUAUUUUAUUUUUGAUUUAUAAAAAAAAAAGAAAAAGAAAAUCAUUUAUGUUCUUUCAUAUGUUGAAUUUCUUAAAACUAACAUGGACAAAAAUGGAAAAUUAGAUGUUAGGGAUAACUAACAUCAGUCAGAACAUGCACUUGCGAUGAUGCAUCAACUGAACAACAUGAGGUUGCAGAAAGAUCGGUGUAAGAUCAAUGCCAAAAGUAAAUAAAUUCCUGUACAUAAAAAUAUACUCACUGCAAGUUUUGAUUACUUUAGAGGAAUGUUCUUUCAUUGGACUGUUGAAUCUAAAUUCGUAUAUGUAGAAUUACCUGAUAUGAAUGCAGAUUGUGUUGAAACAUGUGGUAUUUUCGCCAACAUGCAGACAUGAAUAUUUUCUUUUUAAGUUUUAUUUUAGUACAAUUUUAACUACCGUCUACCGGUAAAUACUGAUUUACAUAUUUUUUCUAACUGAACGUUAGUCAUCUUUUCUGUCGCUAUUUCUUCGUAACUAUUUAACAUUUAAAUCAUUAUUCGAAUCAAAUACCUACUAAACAAAUUAUAAAGUUUUGUGAUUCCAUUUCUUGAGUUAUAUGAAUUGGUGUUACUGAUUAAAACUAUCGGUAAUAUAAUAUCAAGCCAUUAUAUGUAGCGCAGAUUGUACAAAACUUACAAAUCUGCUGAGUUAAUAAGCGGCUGCAACUGAUGAGUGUAGAAGAACACAUUGAACAACCCUAGAUUAUAUGAUUUGCUGCUAACAUGUAUGUUAACAGAUGAUUGGCUGCAGUAUUCAAUAUUUGUCAAGUUACCAAUUACCAUGUCAAUGAAAUUUUUUUUUUUUAUAGCUAUCAUCAAAUGACCUAUGUAUGUUGCUCAUAUAAUGUUCUUGAAUGAAUCAUGAUUACACCAGGAAUAUACAUACUGAAUGUGUUUUAGUUCACAAUGAAGUUUUCUAGGCAAACUUCGAACAACUGAUGUAUGUUGCGCAUGUGAUAUGGUUAAAUGACUCAUGAUUGGCGACGUCUCAAAUUUAUAUGAAUGAAAUUGACAUUAUGCUGAAAAAACCUUGUCGUUCAACAAGGCUGGUCACUUCUCAUUUGAUAAAAUAUGAUUUUAUAGAACCCCGAACAAUUGAUGUAUGUUGCUCAUGUGAUAUGGUUAAAUGAUUCAUAGUUGGCGACGUUUCAAAUUUAGAUGAAUAAAAUUGACUUUUUGCUGAAAAAACCUUGUAGUUCAACAAGGCUGGUCAGUGGUCACUUCUCAUUUGAGAUAAAAUAUGGUUCUAUAGAACCCCGAACAAUUAAUGUUUGUUGCUCAUGUGAUGCAAUUAGAAAAUUAUGCCAGUUUGCAUUCAUUUUAUGGCAAUAGUUUUUUUGACAGUCUUUGUUUAAUAAUUACUGAUGGAAAAUUUUAGGGAUCAGAAUUUUUUUGGAAAUCACCAACUACAAUUUUUUACAAAACUGAUUCUUUCGUUUUGAUUGUAUUAACUCAUUCUAAUUGCUGGAGGCUGCUAACCAACAUCAGGACCCAAUAACCUAUUUGAAACAUUUCAAUCUACUAAAAUCAUCUGUUUAUUUUUUAGACUUUAGUUCAAUCAUAAUGAAUACUACAUUAUAAUUUGUAUAUUGAUAUACCGGUAUUUAUUAUAUUUCACAAUCAACUCUUCUGUGUGAUUAAUAUCGUGAGACAGUAGUACCUAUGUAGUCGAUUGGCUCGAUACUCAAACAAUUCGAUAGUUAAGCAAAAGUUCCAGUCAAGAAUGUUGCAGUACUUGAACGGAAAUUCGGUGUUUGAAUACUCGAGCAAGCCAUUAAGUCAGAUGACGUCACCCGAACCGUGCAUUUUGGCUGCCACUUGACAACUCAACAACAGAGCGAUGCUCGAAUACAUGCACACAAAGGCCAAAACAGAGUAGUACGGAUAUAAUUUGAUUGUGUUGGAUGUUUUGAAUCAUAGUAUGCAUCAUUUGUGCUUAAAUGCAACAUGUUUAAUCAAUCAAUAUAUGGAUUUUCAAUCAUUGAUUAAAGAGUUCUCAACUGCGAAGUCAAACAAAUCGAAAUGUUUCAAUAUUAAGGAUGGAAAUAAUAGGCCUACCAAUCUUAUUUCAGAUCAAGCUAUUAUGGAAUUACUGAAAUUACAAGCAUCGAUAAGUGAGAUAAAGAUAGAAGUUGCUGCAACACAAAUGCUUCUGACCAAACUUGUUCAAUCGUCUAAAAAUCACAAAAUUUUAACAGCAGAUGAAGAAAACCUAUCUUCUGUCAUUGCUGCUUUACAGAAAGUUGGUUCAACAUUAAGCGUUGAUGAUUUAUCACGAUAUAGAGACAAAUUUUUGCAUUGUUUAUCUCUCAACAUUAUUUUGAAGAUGAAUGAAACUAACAUACUACUAUUAAAAGAUUAUUUGAUUGUGAAUGUUGGCAAUAAAAUCAUCAUAAAAGAACUUAUCCGGGGAUUACAGCAUAUUAUUGAAAAUCCAAGAUUUAUUUCUGUAAAGAUUGCUGCCGGUAUUUUCACACAACUUAUAAAAUAUGGCUAUGGAAACUCCCCUUUAAUUUCUAAAGCUCUUAAGAAGAUGUCAGGAUAUAUACUUUUUGCUGUCAUGAAAGGUCAUCUGCAACAUUUGAUUUCUUUGCCAUCUUCAAAAGAGAUCUUGACUUAUGAGACCUGUAUAUCAUCAUUGAUAAAAGAUAAUCUACAGAAUGAUACAGAUGCUAUGAUAAGAUGUUUUACUCAAAUGAUAUCUUUAUGGGUUACAAAUUUGCCUAAUUUAAAAGUAUCUGAUGCGAUAUCAAAUCAGCAUUUAUGGACUUCAUCCAAGCAAAAUGAUCAGUUAACAGUAUUUUAUAAAGAGAUAUCUGCUCCUAUAGGUGUUCAUAAAACUGUUUCAUUCAUCAAUGACAUAUUGGAGAGGAGAGAGGUCAACUGGAAAAAUUUACUCACUUUUGUAUCGUCUCUCCUGAUCAGUUUUCCAGAUUCUCGAAAGUAUCUUGAUGAAUUGAUAAGUGAAAAGCUCUGCUGCAGUUUUGAAACAAUGUCGGUAGAACUUCUCGCAACCUCGUUUUUAUUGGCUCGUCAGCUAUCAAUGGAAGGAUUCUAUGUUUUCACCACAUAUACAUCCUGGUUUCAAGAAAAGUUCGGAGCACAGACAACUUUGACUUCAACAAAUAGAGCUUUUAAAUUUUUCAUCAAAUUUUUGACCGAUAUCAUCCCAAGCGAACCUGUUCGGUAUUUAAAGUCACAUGUUGUCAAGCCACCACACGCACCUUCAUCUUGUACAGAGAAUUUGGAGGAAUAUUGUGCUCUUGCUCGAGGAAGAGUCUUCGAACUUGGCGGAACUGUUGCUAAAGAAUCAGAGCAAACUGCUGAGGUUGAGAAAAAUGUGAGAAUGGUAUUAGAGGAAUAUGAAAUUACUAAAAUGAUCCCUAAAUCAUUGAUGGAAGCAAGCAUUUUUCACAAAGUCUAUUUUCAAAAAAAGUUUUUGCCAGCACUGAUGAAGCCUAAGCCAUUUUCAGACUUAUCUGAUACAUCAAUGAAAUUGAUAGAAGAUUUGCUCAAAGCUCAAAAGAUAUCAAAAAGCAUGUACAGAGCAUAUAAAGAAGAAUGCGAAAAAAAACACACAAAAUCUUUGCAAGAAAUUGUAGUGUUGGAUGAUGAUUCUAAUUUUGAUGGUGAUGAAGAAAAUCAUUAUAAACAUUUCAGUUGUAUCUUGGAAAUAAUUGAAAGAGAAAUUGUUUCUGAAGCAUUUAUGGAUACCAAUUGUUCUACCUCAUUGACGCAGUUAUUAACAAAAUUGAAUAAAAUAUUGUACUCUGUGGAAGGUUCAGAAACAAAUGAAAUUGAGCCUAUUGGCAUAGUAUCUCUUUGUUUGAAAUAUAAACACCACAAGGUUAUUAGUCAGAUGGUCAAUGAUUUAUUAGAUUGGGCAGGAAAAAUUCAUCAUGCCUCUGAUAUGACCUAUUCAAAACUGAAAUUAUUGACAGCUGUUUUCAAAGUUACUCAUGAACAUAAACUGUUGACGGAUGAAUUUUGUCAUUUUAUUUGGAAAUUUUGCACAGAAGGUAUGGGAUGCAUUCCCAAGUCAACAGUAAAAGGAAUUGCUUUGUACUUGAUUAUAAAUGGAUCAUCCAUUCAAGUGAAGAUUCCUAUUCUAUCUCAUUGCAGAGGGAAAAUCCUGAAAUCCUGUUUGUUUGGCAAAACCAUUGAAAAUUGGCAGGUAGUGUCUACUUCAAACUUGUCUGAUGCAGUUGAACACUCGCUCCUAAUACAAUUGGAUAGUAAAACAACCCUGGCUAUCCUGACAUUCCUUUGCUACUACAUAAAUAUUUCACUGUGUGCAAAAAAAUUCUCAAAUUGUCAGAUUUUUCAUCACCUCCUUUAUCUUGGAAAACGAAUGGAGCAUUGUGGAUUGUUAGAUUCAACUUUGAGAGUGACUGAAGUAUUUGACUAUCCUCAAGAAAAAUAUGCGAAAUCUGAACUAUUUGACAUGGAGACAUCUAUGGACCUUUAUAGAGAUAGUUGCAAUCGAAUAAAAGACUGUGAAAAAGGGUAUGUCGAGGAAUUUACUGCUGACAAGUUUCUGAUAAGGGAAAUUUUUGUUGAUACAAAGAAAGACUUAUUGACUGUAAAUGAAAAACAACAACUGUAUUCCUACAUAUUUAUUGAAAAUAAUUUAACAACAAAUUCAGUAAGUGCUGUGAUUGGUGUUAUUCUUGACCAGUUGGUUUUUGAUAGAAGUUGGAAAGCUAUUAGUAAUCAAGAGGUUCUGGAAUAUGUGGUUAAAUGCCUUCCACUUUUAUUAGAGGCUUGUGAGCCACCAAUACUGAAUGCAAAACUAUUCUAUGACAUCAUUAGAAUGAGGAUGAAGCAAGUUAGCGAGGGUGCAUAUGAAAUCGGUUGGGACAUACAAUGGAAAAAUGAAGCAUAUGCAAUUUGCAUGUUUAUAUUGAAUUUACCACCAUCACUUUUAUUCAAAACUUAUUCAACAACCUGUACUGGAUCAGAAUAUAUUUGGAACAUUGGCAAUAAUUUGCAUAUUAAAGGAAAUAUGGAGAAUCAAGUGUUUUCUGGUCAUGUAAUAAACGAUUAUUUUCUGCAAUUGAAUGAAGAUCCAUCAAUGCGUUUUACUUUAUCCCAGAAUGUUUUGAGUCAUCUUCUAUCAGGAAUUAUUGAGACAAUAAACUCAUACGAGGAGUUUCUGAAAUUUUGUGUCAUGAUAUGUCCCUGCAUUUUCAUAUCAAUAGUUGUACACUGGAAUAAAGAUCACAAGUUACGGCUUAUGUUGAAAUUAAGGAUACCACAAUUACAUUCUGACAUUGACCUUAUUUCCAAAACUUUACUGGAAGGUAAAUCAAUUAUUUGUACAUUAAAUGUACUUCAGUGUAUGUUUAAUACAUCAGCAAAAAUGUUUCAUCUGAAAAGCUCGAACACAAGUGAAAUGAUGAUAACAGGAAUUAACUUAUGUCUUGCAUGCUUUAUAUCAGACAUGAAGAUUGACUUAAAACAUCCUGAUUUGAAGAACUUCCUGAAAGAAAUGAAUGAGAGGACUGCUGGGUACAUUACUACAUGCAACAUUAUAAAACUGGGACAAAGUUUGUUGAUGAAAAAAGAAAAUGAGUUGAAUUUCAAAACAAUCCUGCAGCAAUGUUUUGAUAGAAUGACUGCUGAAUAUGUUUGCAAUGUUGUGCUAAAUGGAAAAAUUAUUGCAAUAACACCUGUUCUAAAACAAGCUUGUCAUGGACUGAAGAACUUUAGUGUACUUGCUUUAAAAUGUUUGACUCAAAUUGAAUUGCCUCUACACAUAUUAACAUCAGAUUUAUUUUUACCUUCAUUGGCAUCUUUGUAUACAGAAACAUAUGACUACUUUGAGAAAAAUAAAGCUGUAGAUUUUGCAGAUAUUUUUAAUGAUAUCGAAAUCUUAGAACAUUUGGCAGCGAAGAAUGCCCCAAGUUCCACCAUCAUUGAUCUUUUGAAGACUUGUUCAUCUAAAAUGUCAUCGUUUACAUGUUCACUGCGUUCAGAGGCUGUUAGGAGAAUGUUGCGGAUUUGAGCAAACACUUCCAGGCACCUGAUUUUUAGUUGAAGUACAUGGUUCUUGUGUGGAUGGAUUGGAUAAUUUUUGGCUUUUUUUAUUACAAUUACUCCUUGUAAUAAUCUAAUAUAUAUACUGUAUUUAUGUUUUGCACAAACAUACAGGAAAAAUUCGCCAAAUUUUUUUGAUUACAUCUUGGACACAGUAAAAAAAAUGUUUGAUUUCUGUUGAUAAUUUGAUCCAGUUCAUUGAUCAGCCUACCGAAUGCAUGGCUUGUUUCACCUAUUGGUCAAAAAUUCUGUUUGGCCACACUGAUGCGUGCUUAUGACUGAACACGACCAAAUAAACUUAACCUAUUCUUGCAUUCCUACCCGACCAGAAACAAAAAUCCCAGCAAUGAUCGGGAUCUAUUUCAAGAUAAUAUGACAAUUUUCAACUUGUCAAAAAUGUUUUUCCAACACAAAACGAAAUCGUGCCUUGGAAACACUCUGUGGGCUUCCAAUGAACGCUACAACCAAAACAGUGUUUUCACUUUAUUGCACAUGAAUUGUUUGAUCAUAACAAGAUUUGGAUUUUA